CCAUCAUCGGACAGAAGUCGUGAAACCGCGGGAGAAAGGCAACAGAUUAGUAACGUUCGAUUGAGUCUGCGAGAGCUAUGUGGCGCCAGUUUCAGUUCGACCGUGGACCCAGAAUCAGUGCGGGCGCGCGCGCGAGUUCUUCUCCGCGAGAAACAACCCACCCAAGCAGAGUCGUCUUCCCAGCUAGCCAGUCAUUUCAUCGGUAGGAUCGGAAAAAGCGCACUCUAGGCACAUCCGGGAGACCAUUUUUCACGCUUCGCUUAAUUCAAUUUGGACUCCACGGUUUGAGACCGUUGUCUACUCGCCGUUUGUCCCAUCAAGAACCAUAGUGCGUGUAAAAAUGAUGAGCCGUCGUCCAAAGCCGGUGACGAAAUCGACGAUAAUGACACCGAAGACGGCGAUGAUGAUUGGAAUUUUGUCGGUGGCCAUUAUUUUCUCAUUAUCGGCCGGACAAGAAAUUGAUUCCGGCUGGAACAAGGAAUCGGUCCCGAAUGGCAACGGAACGGCCGCGGACCACAACGGUCCCGAUGAUGAUAAAUUACGAGUGACAAUUUAUUACGAAGCACUUUGCUACGACAGUAUCUCAUUUAUCACCAAUCAGCUUGCUCCGGCUUGGGAGAAACUCCGGGACCAGAUGGAUCUCAAGUUGGUGCCCUUCGGGAAGGCAUACAUUGAUGACUCCAAUCCAGCGGAUCCGGUCUAUUACUGCCAGCAUGGUAGACGCGAGUGCACUCUGAAUAUUCAGCACGGUUGUAUUCUGGCCAAGUUGCCCUUCGAGAAGGCGUUCCCCGUGGUGGCCUGUCUGAUGAAGGGCAUACGAACGUCGUUCGUUCAGUGCAUCAAGCGAAACCAAACGGUCAAGGCUGCAGUCCAGGAGUGUUCCCAAGGUCAGGAAGGAGCCAAGCUGUACAAAGGCUACGAAGACGAUACCAAUCGGGUGGCAACGCCGCUGUCGUUCGUACCCACGAUUGAGGUUGAUGAGGUCUACGACAUCUACGAGCAGGAUCGAUGGUUGUACCGGUUUGAAAACACGUUCAGGAGAAACUACGAAAAGAAAUUUGGCAGAAGCUUAGACUGAAGUAAUUAGUAAUCACGUUACUUUCAAGCCAGUCGACGUGUGCAAGGUCUCGAGUAAUCACAAUUAUCUACGAUUAUCAGGUUUUAAAUAUUUUAAAAUGAACGAAAUGAUGUAAUAAACCUGACACAAUUAUUAUGGAGCUGUACAUACUUACAUACAUCUAGUUGUUCAACAUCACAUUUAAAAUAAGCCAUUAUCAACAAUAGUACGCCACAACACUUAGUUUGUGGCUUCCGCUCUCCCUUCUCAGUCACGCCCAAUGUUUUCCAGAUCACACUCCACCUGGUCUGCCUAACAUGCUCUCUGCGCUCCACGCUUUGGGU